AUGACCAUGAGCUCCGUGGCCGAGAGCCUGCUGGGGCCUGACCCCUCCAAAGCCUCUUUCCUGGAGCUCGGCCACCCCUCGCCGCCGCACUACCCGCUGCACGGCCUCCACCCCGCCGGCCACCCCCAGCACGACCCGUCGCCCUUUGCCUCCUACAGCCGGCCCGGGCCCUACGCCUACCCCGGCGGUGUCCCCCCGCCUGCCCACGGCAGUCCCUACCUGCCCUACCCGCCCCCCGGCGCCCAGCACCCUCCGGCCGGGCCGGCCCACGGCGCCAGGCUGCAGGACGCAGAGCACGAGAAGCCCCCAGCCGUCACCAGCGGGGAGCUGCGCAUCAACGGCAAGGGGAAGAAGCUGCGCAAGCCACGCACCAUCUACUCCAGCCUGCAGCUGCAAGCCCUCAACCAGCGCUUCCAGCAGACCCAGUACCUGGCGCUGCCGGAGCGCGCCGAGCUGGCGGCGCAGCUGGGGCUCACCCAGACCCAGGUCAAGAUCUGGUUCCAGAACAAGCGCUCCAAGUACAAGAAGAUCAUGAAGCAGGGCUCAAGUGUGCCUGAUGGGGAGCACCUCCACACCACCACCUCCCUCUCCCCUUGCUCUCCCAACGUCCCCCAGCUCUGGGACAUCCCCAUGGCAGGCAAAGGGGCUCCCCUGGCCCCCAGCAGCUACAUCAACAGCUUUGGAGCCUGGUACCAGCCGCACCCACAGGACACCAUCCCCCGGGCUCCCAUGAUGUGA